AAUGCCUAAUUUAUCAACGUUGUUAUCUACCUACAUGUAUGUUUGUAGGACUCACACAAAAAAUAUGGUGGAGUAACAGGUCAGAUAGUAGGGCCUACUUAUGAGGAAGAAAAAAAGAAGAAAAAAAAAAAACAGUCAAUUGCUGUGUGACCAAUAGGACAAUUUGCUUUCUGUGUCUGUUUCUGUGAAUUUCUCCUGUGUUUGUAGACUGAUUCUUAUGUAAAAAUCACAAUAGUGGGAAAGCAAAAACAGGGAAAAAAUAGAGGAAUGUGCAUUAGAAAACUAUAGAAGUUGAUAACAAAGGGAAAAUGUUUUAUAGAAUGUCAUGAAUUGGUGAAAAAUUGAAUGUUGUAUAAUGGCAAUGCUUGGUAUUUGGGGGGAAAAAGAUACAAAAUUUGAAAUGAGUGAAUUAGAUUUGGAACAUUGGUUCAGUAAUAUGAACACUCCCAGUAAAACUCACCCUAAAAAUCAACUUGCAAAAGAAAUGUGCCCAAUUAGUUUAUAUUCAUAUGACCUAACCUAUUUUGAUUCAAUGUAAAACAGGUUAUAUCUUGACUUAAACUUGUAAAGUGAAAGUUCAUUCAUGUGUUGUAGAGGUACAUGUAGUCUUGAUUUGGAGAAUUACUAGAAAUGACUGAUAUGUGGAGGUUUUUGGCUGUUACAUUGCUGGGUAAUGUGAUUGUUUCCAUGAACUACAUUGAUAAGGGAUUUAUUGUUGACUGCCUAUCACAAAAAAAAGAAAAAUAAAUAUAAAAGGGUUUCUUCUUGUCUUAGUGCAUUUAUAAUAUCAAUUAUUUUAUUGUUUGUAGGAGAUUUCAGGGAAACUCCUUUGGAGGUCCAAUACCAACAACAUUUUCCAACUUAACCUUGAUGGAGGACUUGGAAGAGCAAUAGAGAAUAGUAUGGAAUUUGAUUCUUCACCGAGCUGGCAUUGCAAUUCCAAGGCCCGUUUGGUGGUGACGUUCCACUGCCACUCUUCUCUACUACAGCAUCAUCAGGAUUUGCUACUUCAACCAUCGCUACUUCAUCAGCUGCGGUUUACCAACCUUGGUUUCCAACUACAACAAUCCCCCACAACCAUUACUUUCCAUCGGUCCUCGAUUCUAACAACAUAUAAAAUUUUUGAGCAAUUCAUUGACAUUCAUGAUGGUCAAUGUUUGGAGCAAGCAAAAUCCUUUUAUCCACAUGAGUUUCUUGGGUCUCUUUACUUUUACAGCAACUUACCUUCCGUGGGAAUCGAGUGCUUGGCAUCGGAACUUCUAGAGCUGCUUGUGCUAAAUCAGAAGUAGCAAGUUGUUUAGAUGUCAAAGCCAGUAAGAUUUCUAUUGGAAAUUUAGUCCUCUUAUAUGUAACAUAUUUUGACUGAUAGCAAUUUUGUGGCUUUGUAUACGAAGUAGUAAUUAAUUUUUUGGUUGAGAAUUGUGAAUACAAUUUUUCGAUAUGUUAUUUUGGGGAUAAUAUUAAAAUAUCAUUUGUGGAUAUGUUAUUUUGGGGGUAAUAUUAAAAUAUCAUUUGUGGAUAUGUUAUUUUGUG